CACACACAUUUAUGCAACUUUCCAGGUCGUCGUCGUCGUCCUUUUCAGUAAAAAUCUCUCUCUCACGCAAACACACGCGCAGAGUUCUCUGCAAUUCCAGUCUCAAUUAAAGAGAGAAGAGGACAAUGAGCAAAGUGCCAGGUGGCAUCAGGUGGAUGAGAAAUAUAAUUAAAUAGAGAUGGGAGGCUGUUGUUGCUGUGCGUCUAAGAGCAUUAAUCUUAAUAGCUCCCCACAAUAUUUUCAUUAUCCAGUGUCAGAAGAGCAUGAACCGUUAUCAUCUCACAUUGCAACAGCCUCUGCUGCGAUUUUGGUCGAUACCAAUUUAGAUACCUCAAUCCCAGACACUUAUCACCCUCCCCCUGCACCUAUACCGUAUGAUACAUACGUAGGGCACCCCUCUACCCCAUCAAGCAAUCAAGAAAGGUCCGAUAACAAGACUCAACUGGUUUUACAAACCACCGCCGCCGCCACCACCACUACCAGUGAAGACACAAACUCCGGCGACACAUUGGAGACCAAGGUAAAGAACCUCGAGUCUGAUGAAAGUACCAAAAUAAAUGCCGAUUUGGAAGAAUCGAAAGAAGUGGAGGAUGAAAAGUCAGAUGAACUUAAAAAGAACAUUGAACCAAUGUUUCCACCGCUGCAAGACGAGGAAGAUAUCUGCCCCACUUGUCUUGAAGAAUAUGAUUUAGAGAACCCCAAGAUUGUCACGAAAUGCGAGCACCAUUUUCACCUUGGUUGUAUUCUUGAAUGGAUGGAAAGAAGUGACACCUGUCCUGUGUGUGAUCAGGAAAUGGUUUUCAGUCCGGCAAUAGGAGGAUAGCUAAUGAUUCUGUUUUUCGGUUAGCUAUUAUCACUCACUGAUAGGCAAAGCGACGGUUUCAUGGUACCUGUCACAACUUUAGUUGGUAGUUUUGCUCAUUUUGUCUCUUGACGUUUCUGUUUCAUUUGUUUUCUUUGAAAUUUGUUCGAGUUUGAAGAUUCAGAGUGAUUAAAAACCAAAAAAAAAAAAGCCUGAAAAAAAAAGUUUGAAGAAUUUUGGUUUAGAAGUGAGAAUCGCAUCGUAUCGCAUCGUAUAGGUUUUUUUUUUUUUUUCGUUUUCCUGUGUAUAUAAUACAUCAAAGGGGCAACAAAGAGAAGCAUUAGCUUUCCUCUGUUUUGCAGUGGUUUUCCUAUCCCUCCUUCGAAGCAUGUUUUUUCUCCAGAUGUUUUAUAUUCUACAAUUACAGUUUGUUUCGUCUUUAUGCGACAAUUGAUUGAAUCUUAGAUUUUACAUUUCGCUCGAAAAUCAGUAGGAUCGGAGUCGUAUUAGUGGUCUUGUUAAGCUUUUAUGCAGUAAAAAUAUAUUUGAAUGGAUUUAUUUGUACAAAAGUAAUACACUGGAGACCUGUGGAUAUCGGAUAUAGUUGGUUAAUGUAC